UCUCAUCACUCAUCUCACACAAUCUUAGAAAUAAAUUGCACAGAUUCUAAAUGUAACGCAACUGUGUUCCAAAUUGCACAUCAAUUACCUAAUAAUUCAUCUUAAACCCUGCUUUCCUUUCUAACCCCAACUAGAUUUUCAAAUUCUAAAUUUAAACUCUCUCUCUCUCUCUUUGAUGUUCUGUUAUUUAUUACAUCACAUUACAUAGUUUAUUUUGUUUCCCUUUAUUUACAACAUCAGUUUCUUCGAUUGGUUGAUCUGCUUUUCCAGCAUGUUGGUCUGGCCGAUGAAGAUCAUAUUCAGAAGACACAACCGCGUUGAGGUGUAGAGAGUGACUGAAACAUAAGGCAGUGAGUGCUUUGUAGGAGAUAAUUCUGAGAUUGUUGAAGGUGCGAGCGAGUGAGGCUUUGUUAUGAGAGCUGUUCCUUGUAAAGGGUGGUUUUGAUUGGAUUCUGAUAUGGGUGGGUGUUUUCCUUGUUUUCGAUCAUCCAACGAGGAAGACACUGGGGUGAAGAAGCAAGUGCCCAAGAUAAAUUCUUUUAAAGAAGCUUCAGUUGUUCAGUCUCACCAUCCCUCCAGGGUUAGCUCAGAUAAAUUAAAACUACGGAGUGUCUCAGAUCCUAAGAAGGAACCGCCAGUUCCGAAGGAUGGGCCAACAGCCAAUAUUGCUGCACAAAUAUUUACAUUCCGAGAGCUUGCAGCUGCUACAAAGAAUUUUAGACCAGAAUGUUUAUUAGGUGAAGGUGGCUUUGGGCGUGUAUACAAAGGUCACCUUGAGAGCACUGGCCAAUUAGUUGCUGUAAAACAGCUUGAUCGAAAUGGACUCCAAGGAAAUCGAGAAUUUCUGGUGGAGGUUCUCAUGCUUAGCCUCUUGCAUCACCCAAAUCUUGUGAACUUAAUUGGUUAUUGUGCUGAUGGUGAUCAGCGGUUACUUGUUUACGAAUUUAUGCCGUUGGGGUCUUUGGAGGAUCGCUUACAUGAUCUUCCUCCUGACAAGGAGUCCCUGGAUUGGAACACUAGGAUGAAAAUAGCAGCUGGUGCAGCAAAGGGAUUGGAAUAUUUGCAUGACAAGGCAAAUCCCCCUGUUAUAUAUAGAGACUUAAAAUCAUCCAACAUCCUGCUAGAUGAGGGUUUUCAUCCUAAGUUAUCGGAUUUUGGGUUAGCAAAACUUGGUCCGGUUGGUGAUAAGACUCAUGUAUCCACAAGAGUAAUGGGAACAUAUGGUUAUUGUGCCCCAGAAUAUGCUAUGACUGGGCAACUAACUCUCAAGUCCGAUGUGUACAGUUUUGGAGUGGUAUUCCUCGAACUUAUUACAGGGCGCAAGGCUAUUGAUAAUACACGUGCACCUGGAGAGCAUAAUCUCGUUGCAUGGGCAAGACCUCUUUUUAAAGACCGUAGGAAGUUCCCAAAAAUGGCAGACCCUCUACUUGAUGGGCGUUAUCCAAUGCGAGGACUGUAUCAAGCACUUGCAGUGGCAGCAAUGUGUUUGCAAGAACAAGCUGCUACAAGGCCUCUUAUUGGGGAUGUUGUGACUGCUCUCACAUACCUGGCCUCACAAACAUAUGACCCAAAUGGCAAUGCAACCACUCAGUCUAACAGAGUUGGUCCAUCACUAUCAACCCCGAGGAAUCAUCGAGAUGGAAUGAAUAGGGAUACAAGUGAGUUAGGAAGGAGUGAAAGUGUUGGUGGGUCAGGGUCAGCGAGGAAAUGGGUAUUGGAUGAUGUUGAAACACAGGAAUCUCACAAAGACAGCCCUGUAAAUAGUGCAAGAGGCAGAGAAACACGACACCUGGACAGAGAACGUGCAGUUGCAGAGGCAAAAGUGUGGGGUGAGAAUUGGAGAGAAAAGAAGAGGGUAAAUGCAAUGGGUAGCUUUGACACUACAAACGAGUGAACACGGUACAACAUCAACUCAUUUUCUAGUGAGGAGAUGUAUUAUUGACUCGCACGGCACGGGACAAAUUUGGUCAUAUCAUAUCCUUUAAUGUCUAUAAGCAUCUUGGAUCCAACUCUGAAUGUUCUCCCACAUCAUUCUGGUUGUUAGAUACUAGCAUGUGAAGGAAACAGUUUUUUUUUUCUAAAAAAAAAAAAAAAAUGGGGUCAGGGCAUCCUGUAGAAUGUCAAUUCAUUACUCUCUCUAUGUACUAAGGAUUUGUUGGUUCAUGAUACGAGGAAGGUAACGUGUCUAAUUUUUUCUCCCAUAUUUGCUUGUAAAUGUGGGGAGCUUAGUGGAUUUGGUGUGGGUAUCAUUGCUGUCAUAUAUUGUACUGGUACAGUCUCUGUUGUAUGUCAGAGUUAUAU